CUACCACCUACUAGCCGACACUUUCUGCCACCUCUCCGGCCGGUGCUGUACGUCUCGAUCUGAAAAGGAGGUGAAUGCGCGGAACAGUGUAUCAUUGGACAAGGAAUUGGGGCAGGAGCCAAUGGUAAGGUGCGCGAGGUGGAGCGAUAGGUUUUAAAUAGAUGUACAAGAGCACACACUGGAUUACGACUAGUCGGAUAAGACCGAUAUACGCGCGUCUUCGCGGGAUUUCGGGAGCAGAUACGCGACCUCGCGUCUCGUAUCGGACGUCGUCGCCGUGGUGGUAGUUCUCGCAUUCCUCGGGGAUAACGGGCGAACGGUGUGAAACCCGACGAGAGGGAAGUGACAGUUGAGAUACACCGGCGAACACAAAGAACGUCUCAGUCGACGCUGAGCCAUUGCCUCAGCAAGUCUCACCACAAGUCGGAGAUCUAGUUCGAGAAAGUUUCCACCGAUUGCCAGCCAUGAGACUCGCCGCCGCUCGUGGCCACGCGAUGCUCGUCCUCGUGACGAUAUUUGCAUGCACGCGUGUCUCGCUUGCGAUACGUGUCACGCAAACUGCCGGUAGGAAGAACGACGUGGUAGACGAUCAGACACCAGCGUCUUCUUUUUGGACUCCAACCAUCAAAACGGGCAACAUCUUCACCGACGACAGCACCAAUUUUUUCCCCUCGAGUCACGGCCUUGUGCAGACCCAUCCGACUGGUAACGUAUUCCGAAGCGGUUUCGGCGGAAUCGACAAUCUUGGUAGUCGGGGGGUCACUGUCAGACCACCAAGGACGAGACCCCUCGACUACAGCGAACGAUCCACGGCCGAAUUGCGACGAAAUCCGGCGCUUUCCUCGCCGGACGAGUGUGCCAGAGCUUGCCGGGAGAACGAACCUCCUAGGAUAUGCUAUUACCACUUCACCCUCGAGUAUUACACUGUACUUGGAGCCGCGUGCCAAAUAUGCACACCGAACGCGACCAACGUCGUCUGGAGUGACUGCCAAUGCGUGUUAGCGGACGGCGUGGAACGAGGUAUUUUAACAGCGAACAGGAUGGUUCCCGGCCCGAGCAUUCAAGUUUGUCAAAAUGACAAGGUCGUGGUCGACGUGGAGAAUCACAUCGAAGGUAUGGAAGUUACCAUUCAUUGGCACGGUGUGUGGCAAAGAGGAACCCAGUACUACGAUGGUGUACCAUUUGUAACGCAAUGCCCUAUACAGGAAGGCAGCACGUUCAGAUAUCAAUGGACAGCUGGAAACGAAGGUACGCAUUUCUGGCACGCUCACACAGGAUUGCAGAAAAUAGACGGUCUCUACGGAAGUAUCGUGAUACGUCAACCGCCGAGCAAAGAUCCUAAUAGCAACCUUUACGACUACGAUCUGACUACCCAUGUUAUUCUUCUUAGCGAUUGGUUCCAUGAGAACGCGGCCGAGCGUUUCCCUGGUCGUCUGGCAGUUAACACCGGUCAAGCGCCUGAAAGUGUAUUGAUCAACGGAAAGGGACAAUUCAGGGAUCCGAACACCGGUUUCAUGACGAAUACACCCCUGGAGAUAUUCACCAUAACUCCCGGCCGCCGUUAUCGUUUCCGACUGAUCAACUCAUUCGGAUCGGUCUGUCCGUCGCAGAUCACGUUCGAAGGUCACACCCUCACCAUAAUCGCAACCGACGGCGAAGCAGUGCAACCGGUCGCCGUGGACACGAUCAUCUCGUUCUCUGGCGAACGAUACGACUUUGUAAUAAAUGCGGAUCAACCGGUUGGCGCGUAUUGGAUUCAAGUUCGUGCGCUUGGCGAAUGCGGUAUUCCGCGUGCCCAACAGCUAGGCAUACUGCGAUACGCUCGCGGACCUUACCAACCAUCCACCACCGCACCCACUUACGAUUUUGGUCUUCCACAGGGUGUUGUGCUGAAUCCGCUGGACGCGAUCUGCAAUCGUCAACGGGAAGACGCGAUCUGCGUGAGCCAGCUGAAAAAUGCCCGCCAAAUAGACCAAGGAAUUCUCCAACAACGUCCCGACGUGAAAAUAUUCCUGCCAUUCCGUUUCCUCUUUUACAGGCCAGAAGAAGUCUUCCAGCCUCAAACGUAUAAUCGAUUCUUGGUCGCCCCGACCGGAGAUCAUGUAAUUUCUCUCGUCGAUGAAAUCUCGUUCACAUUUCCGCCGGCGCCUCCGCUUUCGCAAAUCGACGACAUCCCGCCCGAACAAUUUUGCAACGGCGACAACAGGCCUGCCGACUGCGGCGCUAACUGCAUGUGCACCCACCAGGUUGAUAUCCCGCACAACGCGGUCGUCGAAGUGGUUCUCGUCGAUGAAGUGCAACAACCGAAUCUGUCGCAUCCUUUCCACUUGCACGGCUACGCUUUCAACGUAAUCGGUAUAGGCCGUUCUCCGGACAAGAACGUGAAGAAGAUCAAUCUGAAACACGCGUUGGACCUCGACAAGAGAGGCCUGCUCAAUCGACAGUUCAAUCUGCCACCUGCCAAGGACACUAUUGCCGUUCCAAACAACGGAUACGUCAUUUUCCGGUUCCGUGCGGACAAUCCUGGAUACUGGCUGUUCCAUUGUCACUUCUUGUUCCACAUACUCAUCGGAAUGAACUUGAUUCUGCACGUUGGAACCCACGCGGAUCUGCCGCCAGUGCCGCCGAACUUCCCAAGAUGCGGGGACCAUUUACCGCCGAUCACACCGCCAUCGCUGUCGCUGGACUCGUUUCAUUGAUUCAACCUUGAGUGCGAACUGAGAAAUCAGAAGGCGGUCCAAAGCACAAGACACGAUACAUUUCUUUAGCGUAUUCCUGUAAAGUAGUCACAGUAUGCUGUAGCGAAUUGAUUUUCGUAGAUCUUCCUCUCUUUUGUCGGUGAGCGUUUCACGCGAGAACAAUGGAGGAAGAUAGCGAGCAAGCGAAAGAGAGAAAGAAGAGAGUGCGUGAGAGGGAGAGAACGAAUGUGAGAAUGAAUAAAGAGAGCAAAGAAGAAUCGUGGCCCUCCGAAAAUUGAGGAGGUUCGCGAAUCGAUCGACGGGAGAAUCAGCGGGAAGAGAGUUGUUCGAUCCAGACGCAGCAGCUACCGAUACCGCUUUUGAUGCCGCAACGAGUCCAGUGAUUGGCAACAGCCGAUAUUUAUUACGUAUCCUAGAUGCUUUUUACUCUCCUCCGAUCGAAUGAUUUUUCACCGCGUGGAAGAAACGUGACGAAGAAAGAAUCGCGACGACGGUGAUUUAUUAACACGCGUACGUGGCAAAAGCAUCGCGACAGCCAGCUGUCGCAAGGACUCGCGAAAUUAGUUACUAACAUUUGUAACUUGUGUAAAUAAUGUAGAAAUAGUCGUGUUACACUUUAACGAGACAUUAACGUGGGAGCUAUUGGGGAUAAAAUGGCGCGCACAUGGAAUCAUUGCGGAGACAAUGCGCACAGCGUACGAGACCUUUCACCGAUCGGUGAGAUGGCCGAUCGGUGAUCAUUAGAGAAACGCUGUUUAAGGAAACUCGAUCCGGACGAUCGUUGGCCACUUAGCACCGAGCGAAAUGGCCCCGAUACUCAAACGACCGAAAGCUUCGCUGGAUCGAAUCCAGGUUCCUAAAGUGGCCUUUUUUUCUUUUAGUUAGGAAGGGAAAUUCGUGCUCGUAACUGGGACACGUGGAUUUCGUUCGUGUCCUUGUUCGUGUCAGCAUUUCAAGUAGUGCAAUUAGAGUAUAUACAUACUGGAGAGAAGGUAACCAUUAGCUUAUUACCUAAUAUGUGGAGGAUUAAGAGAAGCAAGAUAAAAAGGGGGGAAAAAAAGCACAAAAAAUAUUCGUAGAGGAUUAGUGGUCGAGGGUUGUCGAAGAAAUUUCCACGACGUAGCCACGGUUGUAGAACCAAAUACUACUCACCUUUUGCGAAACACACGCGCACUAGGCCGCGUCGUUACUUCACAUCUUUUCUUUUUUUCUUGUUUUUCUAGAAAUCAACGAUUUGCGAUUCCAUUCCAUUAUUUAUUUCGCUCAGCGUGAAAUUUCGACGUAAACCUCGAACGUUGUUUGACUUCUCUCGCUGCGUGCGAGUCGUUUCAAUCGGUCAAUCAACACCUCCUUCAAUCAACACUCGAUCAAUUAUAUAAAUACGUAUUUUAUAUUCGGGCUGUACUUGUCCUUCUAUUUAACGACAUCGCGAAUGAUAAUGGAUAUUUUAUUCGUUACGUGAACAACCAUUAAGCACGCAGACAGAUUUCCUAUCGCCACACGUAUGCAUAUAGUAUUUACGUUUAUUCAUGAUGCUUCCAUUUCUUCUUCUAUAGUUUGUUCUUCUUCUUUUUUUAUUCUAUUGCGAAAUUGGUGAAUACAGUUACUCGCAACUCACAAUUACAACUCUUGAUGAUCGUGAGAGCGAUCGCGAGUCGCUCACGACGAACGCACGUACACCACGUCACGAUGCUCGACGUUUCGUAGAUAAUAUUCUUCUAUUUCACUCGGCUGAUAUACACUCGAUUCAGGACCAUUGAAACACGAAAUGCUCGAUCGUGGCGAUACUUAAUCACCGACUGAUUAAUGAGGUAUACGUCGGUUAGAUGGAUGUAUAUUAUACGAUGUCGCAUUUCAACGAUCAUAGUAGUUUGUUUCACGGAAGAGAGUGUCUCUAGCGUUGAGCGAUCUGACAUGGAACCACCGUGAUUUAUUUCACGUAAUUUAUGGUGGCGAAGCUCUUGGCCUUUCCGUCAUGGAAGGAGUAACAACCAGAGAUACUCUCCUCGGUAUUGUUGAAGAUGGAACGUAUACGCUAAUCGUCGUUUCCGCUAGCCUAGGAAUCUUCUUCGCGAGGCCGUGCAUUCGUAUCGGAUAGCUUUGAAUUUUCUAGAGCAGCAUUCUUCGGCAAGGAUAAGUUUCAAAGAACGAGGGACUGUCGUUAGUCAGACGUUCGGUCAUUAUUUAUUUGCGAAAGACGUAUCUACCGACACGAUAUUUUCACGUUGAAACGUGAACAAUCGAUCAUCGUUCUCCAAUAUUGCUUCACUAGCAUGUCACUUCUCUUACGAAUACAAUUUCUUUUCUCUUUUCGUUAAUUUAUUUAUACACUUUCGAUCGAAAGAUCUAUGACGUGCACAUACACUUUUAUAAGGAAAUUAUUUGACAGAAAGCGUGCUUUGUGUUUGACUAAAAUAUAAGCUGAGGAAAUUACAAAGUGGAACGUUUGUAAUAUUAACUUGUGUGACGAAAAUGCCUAAGAGAGUCAGCAGUUAUUGUCCACAUGGAGGGAUGAGGUUUCGUGUUUUUUUUUCUUUUUUUUUUUUGUACAGGUACUAUUUAAGCGAAUAAUUCGCGUAUACUCCGUUAUCAGAUAAAGAUGUACAUUUAAUAAUAAAUUUGUUUUUAAAA